UUCCGAUUGAAUCUUGAUCUCAAUUUUUGCUGCGACCCGAUUUGCGAUCGAGGUGUCUUCUACUGGCUAGAUUCAUAUGUUUCACUGUCCGUGGUCAGAGUGCGGUGAUUUUCGUGCCUCUUUUACCAUAGUGAAUGUAACCAGGAGGCCAGCGAGACGGCAAACGUCCAAUGUAGGAGUGCGGAGCGAGUUGUUACAGUUUGUAUUUAGUAGUCUUCCAGACAUUUCCCGAAAGCGUGUUAGUGCCCCAUAACAACGGCCACUUGCUCCUUACAAAGUGUCUUCCCUUGUUAUUGCCCUUAGCUAGAAAAGACGCGGUCUAUGCGUUGAUGUCACUGGGCCUCUGGAACGGCAACUUGAUGAUGAGAUAAAGCGAUUCAACACUACGACGAGAUAGGAACAUUGCCUCAAAGAGAAAAAGCGUCUUGUGCGUCUCUUUAGAAACUAAUUCGGUUUGCCACUGUCUGUCAGGAUACUUUCGAAGCGUGUAGAAGUUCGUCAUUGCCAGUCACGAGGGACGUGAAUUGAGUAGAAGAGACUGCCUGGGCAAGUGCCGCUAGAACAUAUAGCAUACGGCAGUGCACAUGUAAAAAUUUCUGUUUGCCUACUGAUACCUAGCUAGCUCAAGUCGUCCUACGGAGACAUGGCGUUAAUACCACUGUAGAAGGACGAGGAAAUAACCCGGACCAACAGACUCUGUUCAUGACGGCGGUGUUUUACAUUAAUGCGACAUGGUUUGCAUGAGGAUUUACUAAUUGAACAUAGAGCACGUUGAUUUAAACGAUACGAGUUUGAAACGAUGGGAGAUCACUGAUAGCUCUGUGUCAUGUAUUAAGAUCAGUGCUCAGUUCCGGAACAAACGUGAUACUUUCGGACUGUCUCUAAUACAGUUGGACUAGGACACGUCGAUGACCAAACUCUGUCCGAUACUCCAGGGUCACCUCUCAGAGAGUUGCAAACCUUCGUCUACUGCAAGAUCUGUGUGUUCCAAAUACUACUAAUUUUGAAAUACAUCAGUGGUCGAGUAACAACAUCGCGAAGGUUGCACAUUCAGGGCCUAUCAGGCGCCACGAAAUUUCGAUACCAAUGAUGCUUGGUAUAAGUGGAUUCUCGCCCGCGGGGGGCGGUGUCAAAACAAGUGGCCCCAGUCCUGCUGUGAGCAGUGGUUUGUACUGCGGCGGAGCCGAACUGGCUGCUCGAGAUCCCCGGAACCUCCGUGAGGAUAUAGCGAUUGCCCCUUUAGCGCUGCCUCUCUCAGGCCAUGGUACACCACUUGGCCUAAACGGAGCAACGCCAUUAUCAGCCGCACAUUUAGCAGCUUCAGCCGGAAUUGUAAGCAUGGUACAAGGCGGUGGAGUCCACAAUCCGCAUCUAAGCAAUGUUGAGUCUAGUGAUGAUAACAGCUCGAGCCACGGUCAAUCGGAUUACUUCGAAUUGGAGUCAAAUACACAAUUCGGUAUGCCCAUAAGUACAGGAGCAUUAAGCUUAGCUGGGCCGCUUUCCGUUCACAACGUCACCAACAUUGAGUCAACGCUAGAAAGUCACAAUGGCACGACCGCUGAUCAGAGCGACGAUAUAGUUGAAAUUAAACAUUCGCAAACGUUUGUUCAAAAUGGCUCCCCUUUGUCGCACCACGGUAGCCACCAACGAGACUUCGGCCACUCGCCGAUUCCCGCCUGUACUGGGCGUAAACGAAUGGUCUUCACGCUAGAACAGGUGGCGUGUCUUUGUGAAGUGCUUCAGCAGUCGGGCAAUUUAGAUCGUCUGUCUUCGUUUAUUUGGAGUCUUCCCGGAACAGAAGAAUUUCAAAGCAGUGAACCUGUUCUUCGUGCGAAGGCCAUCGUGGCAUUUCGGAAGGAACAUUACAAAGAUAUGUAUUCGAUUCUGGAAGGACACUCGUUCCACGCAAAGCAUCACGACGAACUUCAGAGAAUGUGGUUCGCGGCACACUACAGAGAAGCGGAAAAGGUUCGGGGGCGGAAGCUUGGCGCGGUGGAUAAGUAUCGAAUUAGACGGAAGUUUCCUCUACCGAAGACGAUCUGGGAUGGAGAAGACACUGUUUACUGCUUCAAGGAAAAAAGUCGUCACGCGCUUAAAGAAUGUUAUAAAAUGAAUAGGUACCCGACCCCGGAUGAGAAGCGAACACUCGCAGAGAAGACGGGUUUAUCGCUCACUCAGAUCUCAAACUGGUUCAAGAACAGGAGACAACGAGACCGCACGCCACACGGACACUCCAGGCCGGAUUCAAGCCUGAGUCAAUCGCCACAUUCGGUUCCACCGCCGCCGCCUUCACCAACCAUUACAUUCCCCGGGGCGCUUGGUCACUCCUUUAGUAGUCCAUUGAAUUCAAUCAAUCAUUCGCUUGGAUCGAUCAAUCAUCACUCAUUACAGCAAUAUCACCAUCACCAUCAUUCAUCUGUAUCGCCGUUGUCGUCGAUCAACUCAAUGACCUCAUCCAUCAGUUCCACCUUUAAUCCCAUCAACUGUCAUUUGAAUCUCGGCGCUACGAACGGGACGACAGCGAGCAAAGCGCCCUCGCUCUACGAUAACAUAUACGGCCCAGCGAGCUAGGGCGAGUGACCGACCGGCUUUGGCCUAGUAAUACGUAUAUAUAUAUAUAUAUAUAUACAUAUAUAUAUAUAUAUGUACGAAUGCGCAAUUCUUAAUCUAUCAAAACAGCAAGACUCGAUACGUAUGACGUCAAAAAAUGUAGGUAAGCUUAAACGUGUUCUCGCGUAACUGGUAGCAAAAGAAGUAAAUACGGAGCGAAAUGACUUGCAAACAAUAGUUACUAUAUGUGAAUAUCUGUUAACGCUUUAUUGAAGUUGCAAAUGAAUGCUCCAGGGAUGGACUAUUAUAGUAUACGUUCACGAGUCAAAUACAGAUUGUUCUGAGUUGAAAUUAGCAUUGAGACGGGAGACUUGUAGCAGUAACGAUGAACGUGUUAGAGUUCCGAGUAGAGAGAGAUUGCAGUAAGGGUCGACUGCGACUAUAAUAAGCAGACGCCUUUUAGGAUGUUGUUCAUCAGCUGGGAUUAAGCUACACAAAGACUGACGCUUGAUGGCAACCUAGCUCUAGUUAACUUACUAAAUAAAUCUUCAGGGUAAAAUCGAUGGGCAUCAAGGUGUAACUUAUCUAACUAGGUAGAAGGCUGCAGAUAAGAUACAAUAUAUAUAUAUA